AUGAGUCAGCCUGGUAAAGACCUGGAGCUUUGCUGCAUUAUUAAUGAACGUUACAGGACGUACUCCUGGGUGGCUGAGCUGAUCCAGGUCUUCAUAGCCAUCAGCGUCACUGUGUCCUUCCUGGUGAUGGGAUCGGCCAUGAAACACACCAUUGAUGGCCUGGUGAACUCGCUGUGGAGCAGCCAACUGGAGUGGUUGUCUAAAGCCUGGGAGAGAAACCUGCCGAACAAACAUCACAUCUGCUCAGCGAGAAGCAUGGCUAAAGGAUUCAUGUCGCUUCUUGGAUUUACUGUCAUCUUUAUCGUGUCAGUGUGUGAUCCCAGGGGUUUCGUCGUCAUGUUGGACAAAGUCGUGUCGUUCUCCCUCAACACUGAAGUUGGACUGUUUGUCUUCAUCAUGCUGAGAGAAUCCAGAGAAGAUAGAUUCCAACACCUUGCCGUCCCUCUGCCAGUAGGUGACUGUGUCUUCAGCCUCAGUUGGAUGCUCCCCACCUACUUCCUGUUUGCGGUAACAUACGACGUCCUGCAGACUCUGGCUGAUGUGGCUCAUUAUCUGCAUUUCUACAGCAACAGUGAGGAAGCACACAGCCACAAUCUGACUGGCAGUUUAACGGCAGCCAAUCUGUCCGUCCUGCUCUGAUCCUCAAUCAGCCCGAAAACAGACGGACCAGUAGGAGUUGGAAUUGCCAAAAAUCAGAUGCUUAGCAAGUGCUUUUAUAUUGUAUUCACACUUAUCAAGCUCUUGAUACAUUUUAAAAAUGUCAAAGAUAGGCAUUAUUUGUUUUUGAUGGAAUGUUUUUGCACUCUUUUCUUUGUUCACUUGCGAUGGCCUCACUGCGCAUGCAAACUGUAAAAUGUUUUAGUUUUUCCAGUAGUCUGGAAACCACCACACAGCAGGGGCCCGAUGUAUGAACGAGGCAUACGCACAAAAAACAUCAAAUGUCUCCACCUCAUGCAUAUUUCAGACCGAGUGUACCUUUAAGGUGUAGAUCAGUGGUUCCCAUUCUGGGGGUCGGGACCCCCACUAGGGGUCACCAAA